AUGGGCAUACCUAAUCACAAUCUUGACGACCUCGAGAAGAGGCGACUUGCCCUCGAAAGCAACAUUUCCGAACUGCAAAAAUCACUCUACCAUUGGAGAACAUGGGAGGCAGAGUAUGACGGUCUUCGAGAAGAGAUUCAAGAUCUGGAGGAUGGCGCCACUUCAGAGAAGAUGCGAUCUAUUGCGCGCCAAUACGAAGGAUCAUUAGUCACCGAGACGGAGAUCCAAGCGAUUCUCCGAACGCAAGCCGGCGUCAAUCGAUCGCGCACGCAGGUUGUUGAUCUCCUUGGCCGGCGAAUCGACUACGUGAAGCAGAAUGUUGCGACAAUGGAAAAAAGACUGCGAGCAGCGGAAGAUGAACUCUACACCUUGGACUCGAAUGACCAGCCUCCAGCGGAUGUCUCCAAAGACCAGGGAUUUGCCUUGAGCGAAAUUGUGGAAGAGUUAGACGAGGAGGGGAAUGUGGUCUCCAGUUCCAUCAACAAGCCCGGCGACCAUGCAUCGGACAUUCUGGAAGCUCUCAAGAAGGCCGGGGUUGAAGACAUUCCGCAAAGCUCCAAUUCCAGCGAAAAUGCCACGGUUUCGACGAGUCCUGCUCAGGAUGAAAAGGCGAAUGUAAUUGAGGAUUCCCCAAGUGAUGCUAGGAGCGAACAAGCUGCGAUUAAGGAGACGCCGGUGCCCAAAAAUGAACCAAAAGUGCAGGAGGAUGACCUUGACCUAUCUAAGCCAGUGUCGCUUGUAACACCUGAGGAUCGCGCCCAAUCGCCCGUGACCGACAUCGACGAGCCUGCUGAUGAGGCUACUCUCCGCCGAGAACUGCUUGAAUACGGAAUUCAUGAAGUUGGUGCGAUUGUCGCGGAAUUGGAGCUGGAUGAUGAUGCGAGUGAAUUUUCUGUCUCGGACGAGGAAUACGACGUGGGCACAGAGGACGAGGAGGAUGAAGAUGAGUUCGGCCGAUCACACACUUUUCUGUCGGAGGAAUAUCACCAGCAAAUGCGGGAACUGGAAGCGAAGCUCAACGCCAGAGGCAUGACCAACUUGGGCAAAGACACUCAGACAUUCCCAGAAGAGAUUCGACACGAGAUCCAAACCUCUGCUGAUGAACCCGCCGGGGAGACUGAAGUUGUCGAGAACACCGACAAGGAGAAAAAGCCGAAGAAGAAGGUCGCGUUUGCCGACGAUCUCGAUAUCGCGCCAUCUGUCAAACCAACUCCGUUAGAAAAGAAAACCCCACCGACAAAACCACAGGCUAGUGUCCAAGUUUUAUCCGACGCCAUCGUUGAGCGUACGACACAACCGCAGGAACCCAAGCCUACGACAACCAAGGGACCAAAGAAGGUGUCCCGUUUCAAGAGCACUCGGGCCCUCGAUCCCGAGGCGUCUCCUGCCGAUCUUCCCGCCAAGCCUGCUCCAGCCCAGUUGCUCACUCAGCCGAUGAGGUUUGGAAGUUCUGCAAAACAUACGGAUCCCAGCGAUUCAGUACCACCAUCUGGUUUAUUCCCUGCUACUCCACAGGAGCCAAAGCCUUUCUCCACGCCUAUCACAGAUAUUCCCAUCGGCCCGUCAGCUCCCAAACCUCCAGUGGGAAAGACUCUGGCUGAUAAGUUGGUCGAGCGAGAUAUCGCUCCCGGGUCAAUCACAGCUCCUGCUCCCGACGAGCUGGACGAAGAGAUACAUCGACGGGAGAUCGCAUCCGAGUACUACAGAAUGCGGAACAGUAAAAUCCAGGCACAAGGUGGUUUCGUCAACGACGAGGAACCUGAAUUUGUCCCCAUCGAGGAGCCCGCUCAAAAGGUCAGCCGGUUCAAGGCUGCGCGGCUAAGACCGUGA